AUGAAGGAUUAUCAAGAAUACCAUCCGCAUAACAUUUAUGGUAAGACUAGUAAUUCCUUUAUAAGAGCGUUGAAAAGAGUAUUUAUUAUCUGCCUUUUCCUUUCAGGCUCACUGAGUAUUGUGGUCUUUCAGAUUUGUGUGCAGCUUCUUCUCCCUUGGAGUAAGAUUAGAUUGCAGAAUGGUAUGAACCAGAGUAAGAAAGCCUUUAUCGUUUUGUUAUGCAUGAUCUUGAACAUGGUUGCUCCCUCUUCUUUGAAUGUCACUUUCGAAACAUCGCAGUCAUCGAAGAACUCUUCUAACACCAAGUCAUGCUUCAGAUUUAAAGACAGGGCUAUAAUAAUCGCAAACCAUCAAAUGUACGCAGACUGGAUUUAUCUCUGGUUGCUUUCCUUUACCUCAAAUUUAGGCGGUAACGUUUUUAUCAUCCUGAAGAAAGCCUUGAAGUACGUCCCAUUACUGGGAUUCGGCAUGCGAAAUUUCAAAUUUAUAUUUUUAAGUAGAAACUGGCAAAAGGAUGAGGAAACCUUGACUAGUAGUUUGAUUUCCAUGGACUUGAACGCGAGAUGCAAGGGGCCCCUUACAAACUAUAAGACUUGUUAUUCCAAGACAAAUGAAUCUAUUGCCGCUUAUAAUUUAAUCAUGUUCCCUGAAGGUACAAAUCUAAGCCCCAAGACAAGAGAAAAAAGCGAUGCAUACCGCCAAAGAGCGCAUUUGAACCAUGUCCAAUUAAGACAUCUGUUAUUACCACACUCUAAAGGCUUGAAGUUUGCAGUGGAAAAACUAGCUCUUAGUUUAGAUGCCAUUUAUGAUGUCACGAUUGGAUAUUCUCCAGCCUUGAAAACAGAAUACGUCGGGACUAAAUUUACUUUAAAGAAAAUUUUCUUAAUGGGUGUAUAUCCAGAGAGAGUAGAUUUUCAUAUUAGAGAAUUUAAAGUUGAUGAGAUCCCUUUGCAAGAUGACGAAGUUUUCUUCAAUUGGUUACUAAACGUGUGGAAGGAGAAAGAUGAACUGCUAGAAAACUACUACAACACAGGCCAGUUUAAAAGUAAAGGUGAAACUGAAAACCGAUCUACCGUUGUUAUGAAACAAACAAUCGGAUUUCAGCACGAAACAUUAGCACCCCGCUUCCUUUCAUAUUAUGGGUUCUUCGCUUUUCUUAUUUUUUUAUUCGUGAUGAAAAAAAUCCUCGAGUUAGCCUUGAGGUAA